UUAGAAAGUACACAUGUAUUUAUUCGGCACGCUGCGCUACUAACUAGCUGGAUAGCAUCACUUAGAAGCGUAUUGUUGUCUGAACUGAAAUUUGUUUGACGUUUUUUAAGACAUGUUACGCAAAAGGACAGCUGCUCAAGAUGAACAUGGAGGAAAUUCCAAAGUUGAUAUAAACAAGCAGGCUGCGGAAUCAAACGACGGCGAUAGCGCUGAGAGGAAAAACGGGCUCUGGUCGACAGUUACUUCAGUAGGAAAAGUGGUUCUUCUCGUCAUAUUCAUCCCUCCUUUUUUGAAUUACGCAUCACUGCAACGAGAGGCGCUUAUGUUAAUACCAAAAGGGGGACUUUCGGUGGAUAUUGGUUUAGGUCAAAAGAUCCAUCUGAUGUGUAAAGGACGAGGACAACCUGUUGUUAUGCUGGAUGCUCCUACUGGUACGGCGUCGGAUGUGUGGUACCAUAUUCAAGAAGAGCUCUCCCAAAUAACAAAGGUGUGCACGUAUGACAGGGUGGGCUUGGGAUUCAGCAAACGAGCUAUGCAGAAUGAAACCACAGGAAUGGAGAAAGUAUGGGGACUGUCAACAACUGGAAGAAUGGUGGACGAUCUGCACCGUCUCAUCAAGGCUGCUGAAAUUGCCACGCCCUUUGUCCUGGUGGGCUCCGAACUGGGUACGCUCAAUGGGAGAUUCUACAGCCACAUCCACGAUUCGGAGGUGUCAGACCUCGUCCUCAUCGAUCCCAUCCCGGAGGACGUCUUUGAGGACGACCAGUGGAGACAGUAUUGGUACACACACCUGGUGCCCUCCCUCCAAGCCAUGCAGUUCUCGGCAGCCACUGGCCUCAACAGGAUGCUCAUCAUCUUGGGCAUGAUGGAACCUGCAAUCAAAGGAGAAACCGUUUCUGAGGACAUGAUCCAGAGACAGAAAUACUACCUCAGCAACCCGGCUCACCAGAGCAGCGCAGUGGACGAGCACUUCUUCCUGAACGAGAGUGCGUCUCAAGUAAGGGAAAUAUCUAAAUACAAGCCGCUCUCCAGCAGGACUUCGGUGAGCGUGAUAACUGGCGAUUCGUUUGACGAACAACUACCCGCUCAUCUCAACCAACUGGUAGCUAAGCUUCAGAAGAAGUUCUUGGAGCAGUCGUACCCUUCAGCCAAGCACAUUCGUGUCCAUGGGGCCGACCGAAGAAUGAUCUACAAAAGGCCCUCUGCAAUUAGCAAGCAUUUAUGGAAGAUGAUAGCACAGAAACAGUCUAAACAACAGAGCCAGUGACCAAGUGCCAAAUAUCACAACUUUCUGAAAGAACGGAAGGAUGUUUUUGCCGUUUUUACUUCAAGCCUUUUUCUUGUCAACAGCUGCGCUGUGUUUUGGUUGUGGAAGAUGUUUUCAGGAAUAAGGUUCAAACAGAAGAAUGGAAUUUCACAUGACAGUUUAUACACUAACGGUCAUGUUACCAGUGAUUGAAGUUAUGUUUUUAAUACUGUAUUAAAACUAUCUGUAAAUAAAAGUACAA